AUGGACACAGCUGGGAAACAUGCCAGCCAGUCGCAGGGCAUCCAGCAGCUGCUGCAGGCCAAGAAGCGGGCUGCCGAGAAAGUGUCGGGGGCCCGCAAGCGAAAGAACCAGAGGCUGAAGCAGGCCAAAGAAGCAGCUCAGGCUGAAAUUGAACAAUACUGCCCGCAAGGAGAGAAGGACUUCAAGGCCAAGGAAGCUGCAGCUCUGGGAUCUCACGGCAGCUGCAGCACCGAAGUGGAGAAGGAGACCCAGGAGAAGAUGACCAUCCUCCAGACCUACUUCCAGCAAAACAGGGAUGAGGUCCUGGAUAACCUGCUGGCCUUUGUCUGUGACAUCCGGCCAGAAAUCCAUGAAAACUACUGCAUAAAUGGAUAGGGGAGGAAGGAGCAGCUCUGCGUGCAGAUUGACAUGUUAGAUGCCUUCAUGGAA